AUGCAAGAGAAGUUAGCUGCACAUGAUUCAGCAAUCAAAGGCAUUGAAACUCAAUUGGGACAACUAUCUAUGGCCUUGAACAAUCGCCCACAAGGAACAUUGCCUGCAGAUACAAACAUUAAUCCAAAGGAGCAGAACCCAAAUCAGCUCAUGACAGUGAGUCUCAGGAAUGGAAAAGAUUUAGACAGAGAGCAAGAAGUUGCUCAAUCUAGGAGAGAGACAACUCCAACUACCCCAGUUACUCCAGUUACAUUAGAGACAGAUGAGUCAGCAGAGCUCACCGAGGUUGUAAUCGAGCAGGCACAGGUUGACAAGGGUAAGGAGAAGGAAGAUGAACAACUCCCAAAACAGGAAAUGCCAGGGUAUGCAAAACUGAUGAAGGACCUGAUGUCGCAGAAAUUUGACUUCCAGGACCUGUCCACUGUAACUCUGACGCAGACCUGCAGCGCGGUAGUGACAAGGCCUAUGGCUCAAAAGGUGUCUGAUCCAGGUAGUUUCAAUAUCCCAUGCACCAUUGAGAGUUAUGCUUUUGCUAAAGCAUUGUGUGACUUGGGAGCCAACUUCGUCAUUCUUGAUUGUCAAGUGGAUGAAGAGAUACCAAUCAUUUUGGGAAGGCCGUUUUUAGCCACUAGAGCAUUGAUUGAUUGUGAGACUGGAGAAUUGAAAAUGAGUUUGAACAAUGAAGAGAUAAUAUUCAAUUUUCAACAAUCUAUGAGGAGAUCCAGCGAAUUUGCAAAUUGCUCGCUAGUGGAGGCCGUAGAUGUAAUACUACAAAAGGAGGAUAAGACUAUCAAUGUCAGGGAUCCGUUAGAAGCCUGCUUGAUGAAUCUGGAAAAUAUGGACGGUAAGGAGUUGGCAGAGUGGGUCAUGGCUCUUGAAGGUCAAGGGUUCUGGAAAAGGGAACCCCAGUUCGAGCCCCUACACUUAGAAGAAAGAACAACACCACCUGCGAAACCAUCGAUAGAGGAGCUACCACAGUUGGACCUAAAACCGCUACCAGCUCACCUCAGGUAG